AUGGAUCGGCAUUCUUUGCAUUAUAGAGCCUAUUUCAAUCGAACCAUUUUAUGCAAUAGUAUGGUAUGGACAUGUGAAUACACAGGUCGCUCUAAUUUAACUUACAAAGAAGCUCUCAAAUCGGAGGAAGCUGCUCGUGCGAAUUUAGACUCGUUUCCAGAGGUAUUACAACGCCAGAUACUGCUCUUGAUCGGUAAUAUCAAGCGAAGCCGUACAACAGAAUUGAUCGAUGAAAUUUUAAUACGUAUUCGAGAUUGCUAUUUCCCUGGAGAAGUUGUAGAAAUUACUCGUAAUGACGACAAAGUUUUAGGUGAAAUUGUUAACGCUAUCCCUCCGGACGAUUUAUCGAUAGCCAAGAAGGGCCUGUCAUUUGUUGAAAGCCAAGGCCCUUCCGAUAACAACAGCGUAGAACGUACACCAAAUGGGAAAAGUAGGCGAGAUUCUGUCACAGUCAUUAAUUUAGUUACUGAUGACGUACCAAAAAGCUCUUCCAAUAAUAAUCAUGACGACAAUGAAAAGAAUAAGGCAAAAACAGCGAUUACUGAACGAAAUGCUCGCUAUAUAUAUGAAAUUCGAUUAACUGCUGAUGAUAUUGUCAUGACCAGUAAUGCCUCUGCUAUUAGCCGCAAGAAAGGCGUCUUAACAAAGGAUAAACUGAGGCACUUUGUAAAAUUUGCAUGUCGAAGAACAUCAGAAAAGCAUCCGUAUUACGUGAAAAAUGAAUUUAUCAAAAAAUUCAAUUUACCGGAAAGUUUCAAAGAAAAACGCAAGCUAGUCUCUUCUGUGGGGAAGAGACAGUCACUCACGCCAACAAUAUCGAAAAAUUCUCCGUUUUCAUCUACUUCUAAUCUGGGAGAUAAGGCCUCGAAGAAAAAGAGAGAUGGUAAGGAACCGAAGAGUAAAAAGAAACUAAAUUUAAAUAAGCAAUCUCCGGCUAUGAGUAAGAGUGAACUAAAAGCCUUAAAAAAACAACGUAAAGAAGAAGAAAAAAAACGAUUGGCAGAAGAUAAGGCAAGAAGAAAGUUAGAAAUGGAAGAGGAAAGGAAAAAACGAAAACAGAUGGCAGAAGAAGCGAAACUAGAACGAAAACUGGAAAAAAAACGAGAAAGGGACCGUCUUCGUAAAGAAAAGCAGUUGCAAGCUCAAAGAAUGGAAGAAUGGAGUAGACCACGCGACGAUCUGGAACUCGAUGAUUUACAGAUCUUGCCUACACCAUGUAGUGCUACAAAAGUAAUUGAUAAUUUCUUAUUCGGAAAAGCUGUAAUGGUGUUAGAGUUCUUAAAUAGCUUCGAUGAAGUCUUUUCAGCAAGUGAAUCUUUACCGAUGCCGAUAACUUUUGAGAAUCUAGAAAAGGCCCUUUGUAGUUCUGAGGUAGAUGGAUUAUUUAGUGAUUUAGUUCAGUUUUUAUUGGGUGAUUUGGUCAAAGAAUAUCAAGAAGAGGAAGAAGAAAAAGAAGAAGAAAUUAAGCUAGAUGGCAUACAAAAAGUUGUUUCACCCCCUGGAGAAAAAGAAGACAUUGAUGGUGUUGACGCCGCAGGUACUUCAAAUCAAGCGCCAAUCGAUGGAAGUAUUGGAUAUGCUUGGUCCCGUCUGACACAAGGAAUACCCUUCCGAGAGAUUAAAUUCGAUUGUUAUACUUGUCCUGAAUUGCUUCGGCUACACUUGUUAUCAAGUUGUAGAAUCGCUAUGGGUGAUGCUCGUUACCGAUGGCAACGAAGAGGAGGAUAUAUGACGACUGAUGAUCCCGCUGCUGAACUAGUUCGAAAGAAUCCUGAGUUACUAAGCAAGUUGACAGUAGGAAAUUUAUAUGAUCUCGAACCUCGACAUAAAUUAGAAAUCCUAGAAGUCCUAUGCGGUCAACUAUUGACGUUAGUCUCUACCAGAGAUUAUCUUGACGAGUGUACGUUAAAAUAUCGCGAAUUAAAGCACAAAUUAAAGGAAGACCAAUGGGCCGAACAGCGGCAAGCUAGAAAAGAAGCUGCCAAGCAGAGGAAAAGGGCAGAAUCUAAAUUGAAAACUAAUUUAGAAAAGACGGAUGGUAACCAAAGUGAAAAAGAAGAAACUCACUCUGAUGAUGCUGACGUUCCAUGCAAGAAGAGUAACGAUGAAGAUGAAGAAAAUGGGAUGUCUGACGAAGAAAGUAAUACUUCUGAAGAUGAAGAAGACCAGGAAGAAAGAAAGGAAAGAAUAAAAGAAACAAUGCAAGAAAUUGCUGAUAUAACUUCCAUCAUCAAUCUUAGACCUUUAGGUCGAGAUAGAAGCUUUAGACGUUAUUGGGUCUUCAAAACCUUUCCAGGACUAGUAGUAGAAGACGAUGAAAGAGAAAAUGAUACUGUAAGAGUUGACGAGGUUAUUCGAAAGGCAGAAAAUAUUCAAGCUGCAGAAAUAACUGAAACGAUUGAAACUGAUAGUAAAAUGGAAGCUGUAAAGAGAGAACCCGGAAUUCUCGAUAAUGACAGCAGCGAAUUAAAAGUGGGCAGUGAUAAUAACCCUCCUAUUGUUGGAGAUCAUGAAAUGGUAGUAAAGAAUGACAAUUCACAGUCAGAAACUGCAUCAUCUAUGAUAAAUAUAUCUAUAGAUCCUUACUAUGAAAACGGUAAAAGACUUUAUUGGUCAUACUACAAGACCGUGAAAGAUCUUGAUAAUUUGAUUAACGCACUGAAUUCACGAGGUCACCGCGAGCGAGCAUUAAAGAAAGUUUUACAGCGUGAAUAUGUAUCCUUACAAAAUUCUUUACAGUUAUCCAGUGAAAGUAAGACUUGUACAGAAAAUAAAAAAUCCCGUUUAUCACACGUUCAAGAAGAGAAUGUUGAUGCUGAAAGUUUUAUGUUGGAUGCAUUACGAGAAGAAGUGUUAGAUUUAGAGUGUCGUUUAUGGGAAGGUGGUUUAGGUGGAAUUGACGGUGAAUGGCGUGAUGAUUGGCGAGAAAAGAUAGAAGAGUUGGAGAUUUCAGAUAUGAUGAAACAAAGUGCUAAUGGCGAUGACAGUAUAGCAAAUGGAUGCAGUGAUAGCGGAAUUCAACCCGAUAAACCUCUUAAUACUUCAGGAAAUAGAGUGAAUCAUGGAGCAGCCAACAGUAUUUCAUCUAAUACUGGCUUAGGCUCAUCAGAAAAUAUCAACAUGAAUCCAAUUGUUAAACAAUUCGCUGAAAGUUUAUUGCAAAUAGAAGCCAGUAUACAACGAAAAUACCUUAAGUCACCGCUUGGAAUGGAUCCGAAAAAAGUUAAAAAAGAAGAUACUCGAAAUGAUGAUAACAGCGAUCGUGAUAGCUCUGAGGAAGAUCGAAACGUGCCUCGUAAAACUAAUUUAGAAAGAUGGCAAGAAUCCUUGUCUUUGACUACUAACUUGUCGCAAAUUUUUAUAUAUUUGGCGACUUUAGACAAGUCUGUUGUUUGGAGUAAAUCGAUUUUGAACGCCAGAUGCCGAAUAUGUAGGCGUAAGGGUGAUGCAGAAUUAAUGCUGUUAUGUGACGAAUGCGAUCGAGGACACCAUACGUACUGUUUACGUCCACCAUUGAACUCCAUCCCUGCCGGAAAUUGGUAUUGUCCUGAUUGCAAACCUCGCAAGCAGGUGCGAAAGCAAAGAUCUACUAAAGCAAAGAAUGUUUCUUAUCACGAAAGUGAAAGCGAAGAUGAAGUAGAGAGUGAAGACAAUGAAGAAGAUGACGAAGAGGAUGAAAGUGAAGAAGAAGAGGAAGAAGAAGAAGAAGAGGAAGAAGAAGAAGAAGUGGAAGAAGAAGAAGAAGAAGAAGAAGAAGAAGAAGUAGUAGAAGAAUUAGAUGAAGAAGAUGAAAGUGAAGAAUCAAGUGACGAAUAUCAGGAAUCACAGGAUGAUGAUAAAGACCUGUCAAUCAGAGUUAAUAAGAGUAAUAAAAGAAAUCUACGUAGUCGCAGUAAGAUUGAAUCUCAAAGAAAACGAACGAGACGCUCGGGCAGUGUUUCAUCGUCAAAUUCUUCGAAUCAGCGAUACAAUUUCCGAAGAAAAAAAGAAAAGGAAAACCAGAAUCCGGUGCUCCGUGCUGGAGCCAAAAGAUCAGCAUCAUUUUCUGAAGGUAGUAGACUUAGUACUGAAUUAAAAAAGUGCCAUGAAUUAAUUAAAGAUUUAGAAGAGCAUCGAGACAGUUGGCCAUUUUUGCAACCUGUAGAUAAGAAUAAGGUGCCAGACUAUUACGAAAUUGUUAAGAAUCCGAUGGACUUUCAAACUAUCAAGAAAAAGCUUAGUAGCAUACGCUACAAAGACCCUCGAGAGUUUGCUACUGACGUUCGUUUAGUAUUUAUAAAUUGUGCUGAAUAUAAUAAUCCACGAUCUAGAGAGGCACGAGCUGGAAAUAGAUUAUCUAUGUUUUAUGAGACUAAGUUAAGUAAACUUGGAUUAGAUAAAGCUUACACGCCUGACGAAUACUAUAAAUCUACAAGUAAACGUAAGCGAAAGUACUAG